CCCAGGGUACAGUGCGGCGCAGGAAGCUGCUGCUGAUUCUACAGAGAUGGAUGAGGAAGAGCUGGAAGUUGUGGAGGAACUUGAGGCAGUGUUACACCUGUCCCCGGAGGUGCAGCAAGCCAUCGAGCAGGUAUUUCCAAAUCAGGACCCACUAGAUAGUGCGGAUUUCAACGCUGUUGAAUAUAUCAAUACUUUGUUUCCAACUGAACAGUCUUUGUCAAACAUUGAUGAAGUUGUUAGCAAAAUUCGUUUAAAAAUAAGGCGCUUGGAUGACAACAUCAGAACUGUGGUACGUGGACAAACUAAUGUUGGACAAGAUGGGAGACAGGCUCUCGAAGAAGCACAAAAAGCCAUACAGCAACUGUUCGGUAAGAUUAAAGACAUCAAGGACAAAGCAGAAAAAUCUGAGCAUAUGGUUAAAGAAAUAACACGUGAUAUCAAGCAGCUGGAUCAUGCUAAGCGUCACUUAACUACCUCAAUAACAACACUAAAUCACCUUCACAUGUUGGCUGGAGGUGUAGAUUCACUGGAGACCAUGACAAGGAAGAGGCAGUAUGGGGAAGUUGCCAACCUCUUGCAGGGAGUAGUGAAUGUGUUAGAGCAUUUUCAGAAGUACAUGGGAAUUCCACAGAUUAGACAACUUUCUGAACGGGUUAAAGCUGCACAAACAGAACUGGGUCAACAAAUUUUAGCAGAUUUUGAGGAAGCUUUUCCAUCCCAGGGAACAAAGAGGCCUGGAGGACCAAGCAACGUCCUGCGUGAUGCCUGUCUGGUAGCCAACGUCUUGGAUUCACGUAUUAAGCAGGAGAUCAUCAAGAAGUUUAUCAGGCAGCAUCUCUCGGAAUACUUGGUGCUCUUCCAAGAGAAUCAAGAUGUUGCUUGGCUUGAUAAAAUUGAUCGGCGAUAUGCUUGGAUAAAACGUCAGAUGGUAGAUUAUGAGGAAAAAUAUGGACGUAUGUUUCCAGUGGACUGGUGCAUGACAGAACGAAUUGCUGUUGAGUUUUGCCAUAUCACAAGAAAUGAUCUUUCUAAGAUUAUGAGGACAAGAGCCAAAGAGAUUGAGGUAAAGCUGCUGCUGUUUGCUAUUCAGAGAACCACAAAUUUCGAGGGACUUCUAGCAAAACGCUUCUCUGGCAGUACUCUGAGUGACAAUGUUGUGAAAAAGCCUGAUCCACAGCCUCCAGUAUCUACUAAUCCAUUCUUGGAUGAUGACAUGAAUGACAGCAUGACAGAAGAGUCAGUCCUUGAUAAAGAUAGUGACCUGGACAAACCAAAGAAACACAAACUUCCAGAAAACCCCUUUCAUGGCAUUAUUUCUAAAUGCUUUGAGCCACAUCUUUAUGUAUAUAUUGAGUCCCAAGACAAAAACUUGAGUGAAUUAACUGAUCGAUUUGUUGGAGAUUUUAAAGCUCAGGGUCCACCAAAGUCCACAUCUGAGGAUGCAGGUGCAGUUCUACCAAGUUGUGCCGACCUAUUUGUCUACUACAAAAGAUGCAUGGUUCAGUGUUCCCAGCUUAGUACUGGGGAGCCAAUGAUUGCUCUUACUACUAUAUUCCAAAAGUACCUGCGGGAAUAUGCUUGGAAGAUCCUUUCUGGAAAUUUACCCAAAACAUCCAGCAGCAGCAGUGGCCUUACAAUCACCAGUCUUUUGAAAGAAAAGGAAGGCUCAGAAGUGGCAAAAUUCACCCCAGAGGAACUCUGUCUAAUCUGCAGCAUCCUAAGUACAGCAGAGUACUGUCUUGCAACCACGCAACAGCUUGAAGAGAAGCUGAAAGAAAAGGUGGACCUGACUCUGACUGAAAGAAUUAACCUGACAGGAGAAAUGGAUACAUUUAGCACUGUAAUCUCAAACAGUAUCCAGCUGCUUGUCCAAGACCUAGACUCAUCAUGUGAUCCUGCACUCAUUGCAAUGAGCAAGAUGCAGUGGCAGAAUGUAGAACACGUUGGAGAUCAAAGUCCUUACGUUACCUCGAUCAUUUUUCAUAUAAAACAGAGUGUUCCCAUUAUCAGAGACAACCUUGCAUCCACAAGAAAAUACUUUACUCAGUUCUGCAUUAAAUUUGCAAAUUCCUUUAUUCCAAAAUUUAUCAAUCACCUAUUUAAAUGCAAGCCUAUCAGUAUGGUUGGAGCUGAGCAGCUGCUCCUUGACACACAUUCUCUGAAAACUGUUCUACUAGAUCUGCCUUCAAUUGGUUCUCAAGUAAUACGUAAAGCUCCAGCCAGUUACACCAAGAUUGUGGUAAAAGGCAUGACACGAGCUGAAAUGAUUCUGAAGCUUGUAAUGGCACCGCACGAGCCUUCCGUUGUUUUUGUAGAUAAUUACAUUAAACUGCUUGCUGACUGCACCACGGAAACGUUCCAAAAGAUCCUGGAAAUGAAGGGCCUAAAAAGAAGUGAGCAAAGCACCAUGCUGGAACUGUUCCGGCAAAGACUUCCAGCCCCUCCAUCUGGCAGCUCUGCGACUCUACCAACCCCUACCCCUGAGCAGGAGUCGUCACGUAUACGCAAGUUGGAAAAACUAAUAAAGAAGAGACUGUGAGCAAUAAAAAGCCUUCUUAGGGCAGAGACACACGCUGAGAUUUGGGGAGAUUUAGUCCCCCAGCGACAAAUCUCCUCUUCUUCGGGGCGACUAAUCUCCCCGAACUGCCUCCCGCUGGCUAGAAUGUAAAUCGGUGGCAACAUGGCACUCGGAUUGCUUCGUUUUCAGAAGUUGCCCGAAGUUUCCUCGUAAGGAACCUUCGGGCGACUUCAUGGAAAUAAAGCAAUCCCGCCAUCCUGCCAGCGAUUUACAUUCUAGCGGGCAGGAGGCAGUUUGGGGAGAUUAGUCGCCCCGAAGAAGAGGAGAUUUGUUGCUGGGGGACUAAUCUCCCAGAAUCUGAGCGUGUGUCUUUGUCCUUAAAAUAGUAGUUAGGUGUUACAAGGAAAUCUGGUGUACAUUUUGUAACAGCCAUCAGAUUACAGAGGAACAUCCCUUUUCAAUGAAUAAUGGCAAGUGUCAACAACAUAGAACUCCUGCCAGCUACACUGGAUUUGACUGACUUGUGUGAAGUUGCCUCUGUCUAGACAGAAUAUAUCAAGAUUAGUCGUCUAUCCCUCAAGCAUGUAAAAAGCUUUGCGUGGGUGUACAUGGUCACAGAUUCACUCUGCCUAUUUUGCUGUUUGCUUUUGCCUAGGGCUUUGUAUGAAGAUGCACAGUUGUAUAUAUUAUCUAUUUAAGCAGACGUUUGUGUUCCUGUGGAGGGAUCUAGCCUAUGCAGAACUUCACACACGCUAUACCAGCAACAAAAAAAUGAAUAUGUGAGUACACACAUAAAGCUUGGUGGCUACCGCUUUAUUUUCAAUCACGCCUGCAGUUCAUCAACGUAAGAAUGAAAAAUACUUGGAUUUUAAAUAGUACUAAAGUUUUUGUAACCCUCUUGAAGGUAGUGGCAGACAGGGAUAUUAGUCGCCCAGCGACAAAUCCUCUCUACUUCGGGUGACUAAUCUCCCCAAAAUGCUUCCCUGCUGUCAAAAAUACGAAUCGCCGGCGGGAUGGCAUACAAACCACUUUGGAUUUCCGAAGUUUCCUCGUGAGGCAACUUGGGGCGACUUCGGAAAUGUAUGCCAUAACACCAUUCUUGCCGACGGGAAGGUAUUUAGGUAGAUUAGUUGUCCAAAGUAGGGGAGAUUUGUCGAUGGGCGACUAAUCUCCCAGUCUGCCACCACCCUUAUUUGGGCAUUCAGGCACACUGCAUUAUCUGACUAUAAAAGAACCUCAGAUAUAUUAAGUAUCACCGACAUCUUUAUCUUUGUUUUCAUUGAGAUU